UUUUUUUGACAGUGACAAAACACACUGGUUUCAGAAAAUGAGCGUAAUUUCAAUUUCAGAACCGAGUGAGAAAUUCUUCGUUGCAGGAAUAAUUACGUGUAAAGAAUUUCAAAAAUGUCGAUACAUAGUUACCAAAUUGAACAAAUGUUUCCCAAAACUAUACGAAGAACCUCAAAUAAGGCCAAUGUUGAACAUGGAAUGGGAGGAAUUUUUAACGAAUAAAAGAAGAAAAUAUGGCAACGGUCUGUGGGCCGUGAAGAAACCAGUGGUGAUUUUUUCAAACGGUGAAUAUCUGGGAGACGACACAACCCUUAUAAAACACGUUUCGAAAAAAUUUCGAUUCGCUCUCAACAUGGACUGGUACGAAAUGGGAAAAUGUCACUUGGUGGAAUUCCUCAAGAACAUCAUGCGAAAAUUCCGCCAAUUGGCAUACAUCACGGUAUCCAUCAACCGCAGAGUAGUUGGGACCAUGAUGUUCGAGCUCUACAAUGAUCUUGUGCCGCUAGCCUGUGAAAAUUUUCUAACAAAAUGCAAACUCGAAACCGGUGGAUAUACAGGAUCGCCCAUACAAAGGAUCGUGAAAAACAGUUGGAUCCAAUGCGGUGGCUGGAUCAUUCCGGAAAAAAAGAUGCGGUGCGAAAACUACGUGAUUCCGCACGACAGGCGCGGCGUUCUUUGCAUGUGCAACAGUGGCAGACAUAAAGGCAACAGCGCCCAGUUUUUCGUCACUUUGGCACCUGCCCCUUGGAUGGACUACAGAUAUGUGGCUUUCGGGCAAUUGAUACAGGGGGCGGAAGUUCUGAGGCAAAUCGAAGAAGUGCCAACGUACUAUGAAUGCCCACAACUGCCCAUUGACAUUGCGAUGAGCGGAGAAGUCACCUUCGACAAUACUCCCAACUUCUCCAGUUACGAGGAGUUUCAGGAAUUGCAACACAUGCAACCGACCUCGCUGCUGGACUGUCUAAUAGGUCCCAGGGGUGGAGCCAGUCCUUCGACAAUUUCCGUAUUUUCCAAGGCGGAUUCGAAACAAGGAAUAGAAAGCUACAUGAAAGGAUACCUGCGCUUCCAAGAUAUGGACGAAUAUUAUUGUGAUGAUAAAGGCCAACAGAUUGAAGAAGUGGAUGAUGAUUACAUUGAAAGCGAAAUUAUGGAAACUCCUUCAUUAGAUCUAUUUACACUGAACGACAAAGAUACAUACUGCCAGUCUCCCAGCGAUACUACAAUAUAAAAUUGUAAAUACAAAAUAAAUGUGGAAUAUACAUUGAACCAAUUCAUUAAUGCACCAGCCAUUUCAUUUAUUUUUGUUACUUAGAAAAGGUCACCUACUAU